UCUGUGCUUCCCAGGGUCUAGUAAUUGUCUCAUUGCUUAACUUUAUAUCCCUCUGUUGUCUCUCUCUUUCUCAUAAGUCACAAACACAGACAAAAACUACAACAAGAAACAUGUUUCCUUGUGUGUCCCCCCCUCAAAACCCAACCUAUCUGCUUCUUAAUUCUUAUUCACCCAAUUCCUACUCCUCUCAUCAAACAAGGUUGAAUAUCUAGAAAGAGUGGUGUGUGAUGGAGAAGGAGAACAGUGACAAGGAGGAGUAUGUGAUGAUGUUGCAAAGAUGUGUGAAGAAGCUUCACUUUGGAAGCCGGGAAGAGAAAGAGGUGGCAGCAAAGGUAAUUGAAGAAGGGUUGGCUAAACAAGAUGUUGUUAAGGUGAGAGAGAUGACAAGUGAGCUUGGGGUGGUGAGAGUGUUGGUUUCUAUGGCAGUUUCCGAGGUGGCUAGUCGCCACCGAGUAGGACUCAAGGCCUUGAUCCACCUGUCCAAUGGAACUCACGGAAACAAGGCUUUGAUAGUGGAGGCAGGAAUAUUGUCCAUAUUGCCUAAGAAAAUUGACCUUGAAGAUGAAUCAAUAAGUGAAUUUGCACACUUACUCUCUUCAUUGUCAUCUCAAGGCACCAUCAAACGACGCCAAGAUUCUGCAUGUACAAAUCGAAACAAAACACAAUGGAACGAUUCUUCUUUUUUCUCAACUCCACCCUAUUCUGCUAACUCCCAAGUAUUACUUGCUAACUCCCAAGUCCAAUAUCAUCAUAUUUCUAGUAUACACCAAAACAUAAAACAAAAACCUGUAUGAUAUAUUCUGUAUUGCGUAUAUCAAACACUACACAGAUUUUGUCCUUAGAGGAAUGGUAUCAAAUCUUUUGCCCCCAUCCACUCCACCCACACAUUAUAAAGCAAAAAGAAUAAUCUCCAGGUUUUUAUCCAACAAAUCCGUA